UAUAUAUUCAAUUUUUAUAGCUAUAGCCAGGCUACAAUUGUUUUUCAUUUUCUGAAGGAGGUAGGAUCAAGGAAAUUUUCGUAUGCUAGGCUCAAGCAAUUCACCCUUCAUUAAAGACGAUGGAAUCAGACACUGGAAACGACAAUUUAAUUCUGUGGAUGCAUUUGUCUAUCCAAGCUUGCACGCUAAGCCGUCUUUGAUCAUGACAUUUUUCAUUAGAUAAUUAAGAUAAGCUUCAAAGCACAUUGUUUUCAGAAAAUUAAUUCCUUAUUCAGUAGCAUCAACGCUUUCUCUUUUAAGAACAGGCUGCCACAUCCAUACAUAUAGAUCCACACAGACAUGGAGGAGAUAUCAGAGACGGCUAAAGCUUACUAUGCAAACUUGUCAGACAAAGAGAAACGAUUGGCAACCGAUCUUUUCAAAGAUGAUGUAAACCGAGAUGGGAAAAUUAGUUUCGACGAAUAUGCGCAAUACCUGAAGCAGAAGGGCUUUAAAACAAUUUCUUCUCCUGACUUUUUCAGAAAGCUAGACAAGGAUGGUAAUGGCACCUUGGAUUUCGAUGAAUUUGUCACUGUGCACUACAUAUGCUCGAGCGAAAGAGUUUUCUCUUGCGACGGGUGCAAAGUCUUUCUCGAUGGUGUUUACUUUACAUGCGUUCAAUGCUUUAAUGGUCCUGCUAAUACCUAUGAUCUGUGCUGUGCUUGUUAUCGAGAUAAAAAUGUGAAUCAUCACAAGGAUGCUGUGUUUCUUGAUAAUUGUACACUGCUACAAGCCAAGAGGCAGCAGAAUAAGGAUCGGUACAAAAAUGAAGGAGUUUCAGAGGUUGUUGAACUUGCAGCCGCUGGUAUUGAAACUACAUCCAAUGUUAUCAGCUUAUGCAACCAAAUGUAACCUAGCAAGCAGCAUCCCUUGUUGCAUACAAACCCGACAUCGUUUCCUUCUGCCAGCAGCUCAAAACAAAAAUAUACUCUGUUCUUCUGUUGCUUCUUUUUGUACUAUCCAUUUUUUUCCCCUAUUCCUGCAGUAAGCUCUGGUAUUGUAUUUUUAUUGACAAUAAAGGCUGUGUAUCUUUUCUACUUGGA